AACGGAGCAGGAAGGGAAACUCCCUGAUUCAGGACGAGUCCGGCUUUAUGCUCUGCAACAGGGAGACAGUAAUGAAUGUAAUGAAUGUCCGGCAUUAGGAGGAGGAAUUCUUAAAGUGAGUAGGAGUUUGAUCCCUCGACCGCCUCUAAAAGCAUAACUGAAAUUAUUUGUUGGCUGUUAGUUUAGAUCUAAACUGUAGCUUUAGAGAUCAGUAGCAACGUUAUGCAGAGACCUGGACACAAAAGUUGACAAAGGAACAAAAUAUGGAGGCUGAUAAAGAAGAAAACUAACAGAGAUGAAGAUGAUCUCCAGGAUCCUGCUGCUCCUCAUCCUCAGCUCAUGUCUCUGUGCAACAUUUGUAGUGAAUGUGACACAGAGCAGCUAUCAGGCAGAGGAGAACCACAGCAUCACUCUGGAGUGGACCUUCACCACCAGACCCAACUCCUCUCUGUCCUCCAUGUUUAUCCUCUGUGAAUUUCUAGCUCCCCCUAGUGGAGUGGUUCUCUAUCAGGUCCAUGAAGGUGUUGAGAUUCCAGAUUCUCAGGAUAAACAGUUUUCAGGACGAGUCCAGAUUGACAAAGACGUCCUCAGAGAAGGACGAAUCAGACUAAAUGUGUCCAGACUGAGGACUGAAGACUCUGGUCUGUAUCUGUGUGACGUGAAAACUGAAGAUGGAUCCGACUCUGGAAGAUGUCGACUCAACGUUACUGCAGCUGCUGAUCAGAUCCAAACUCAGAGCCCAACUUUGACUCCAGAACCAGAACAAAGAUGGAACAUCUUCAUCAUCAUCCUCUUCAUCACUGUGGGACUGACAGCAGCAGCUCUGAUGUUUCUUCUUUCUUAUUUUUUAGUGAAAUGUUUUCAACCAGCAGAUGUUUAUUUUAGUAAUGAUGAAGAGACAAGAGAGACUUCAGUCACUUCAUCGUUAGAAACACUUGGAUCAGAAUGAGAGGAAUGUAGAUUUGUAGCAUCAACACAACAAACUCAUUUAUUUGGUCGAUUAUUUUCAGCAGCUGAAAGAUUUUAAAACUGAAACUCGACAUAAAUGAGCCUCAAUAAAGAUAAUUUAAUCUAA